AGCCCCAGUUCCGGGGAAAUCUGAGGGUCCCCACCACCGCCACGGACACAAAGCUGGUUCAUGGGAUGCAGUGACUACAGGCAUGAGUAGCCUGGCAGCCUGGGGCUCAGCCGUCGCAAGAGGUCCGGGUCUCACAGCACCAACACCUCAACAGUUCUAUCAAGGGGACUUCUCCAGAGGCCGGGUCUAGCAGACCAGGGCCUGCCCUGCUGAGACGAACGCUUCCGGGCCAUGCAGGCAGCAGCCUGGACUCCCCAGCCAGUGUCACCACCCUUGUCACUGGAGAAGGGCAGGCCAGCUAGGAGCCCCCCUCCACCCUCCUCCCAUCCCCAAGCCUCCUCUGCCCUCCACACAUCUUACAUCCCCGGCACUCCGUCUGCGAGGUAUGCUGCCUGAGGCUGUACCUCCUCAAGGAGAAUGUGGCCUCAAGGGGCCGCCUUUGUGGCCCUGCCCCUCCUGGGGCCCACCCUGGUCUGGCUGCUCACCCAUCAUUGGAUGUCUGGCUGGUGUGACAGCCUGAGAAAGCUGCCCUGGUGCCCAUCCCACAGAGUCUUGUUGCUGGUGUGGACAGCCAUCUACUCUAUCACGGGAUAUGCCUCCUACCUUGUGUGGAAGGACCUGGGAGGGGGCUUUGGGCGACCCCUGGCCCUGCCCCUCGGCCUCUAUGCUGUGCAGCUCGCCAUCAGCUGGACUGUCCUGAUUCUCUUGUUCACAGCCCACACCCCCGGUCUGGCCCUGCUGCACCUGCUGCUGCUGUUCGGGCUGGUGGUGAGCACGGCACUGAUCUGGCACCCCAUCAACAAGCUGGCUUCCCUGCUCCUGCUGCCCUACCUGGCCUGGCUCACCAUGGUUUCUUCCAUCACCUAUCGCCUGUGGAGGGACAGCCUUUGUCCAGAACACCAGCCCCAGCCCACAUGGGAGAAGAGUGACUGAGGCAGGGGGCAGGGGAGAGGGAGAGGGACAGGGUGGGGAUAGAGGAGACCUCAGGCAGGGCUGUGGAGCU